CCGUGCUCCUGCAUCAAUUGGCUUGCUCGCUUCCAAAUUAAAGAAAACACUCAGAUCUUCUCUGUCAUAAAACUAACUCGCUAAUUGAGUUCCCCUCGAUUGCGACUUCAGCUCUAUCCCUUGUGUUGUGGGCUAUUUAGUUGCUAGCACCGCCAAAUGAUCGUUCUGACUCGCACCUGUGUAACUCUCAAUGCUGUCGUGCUUAAUUGAGACAUGAGAAGCUGAUCGGGAUGGAAAUUCAGCUUUCGGAAGUUCUGUGGACUGUGCUUUUUGUGUGGCUUGGUUUUGGAGCCACCCACCUCCUCUACAAUGUGUUUUUCCACCCACUGAAAGCGUAUCCUGGACCCUUCGCUGCGGGGGCCACGAUUUGGUGGAAGAUUUAUAUCGAGGUUAUCAAACAAGAGUCGAUGACCGAUGUGCUCUUCCGACUGCAUAAACAGUUUGGCGAUAUCGUCCGGAUAGGGCCCAACGAGCUCCAUUUUUCCAACCCGGCUGCUUACCAUGAUAUUUAUAAUUCUUCGGCCCGGUGGGACAAGGAGCGGAUGCUCUAUGAGGGUUUCGGGGAGGACCACUCUUCCUUCGGGAUGCUCACGUAUGCCCAGUCGAGGCCGCGGAAGGAAGUGCUCCUGCCACUGUUCUCUCGGCGGGCCAUCCUGACCAUGCAAGGCCUCGUCAGAGAAAAGGUCGACCAUUUUGCAAGCAUUCUGGCAAAGAAUAAUGCAAACGGCAACUCAUCAGACCUGUUGCUCGGAUUUCGCUGCUUUACAAUUGAUACUAUCACAACCUUUUGCUUCGCCCAAUCGGUUGACGCAAUUGAUGAGCCAGACUUCGCCGCCCCAAUUGUGGAGGCUAUGGAUAACACACUUCCUGCCUUCCACGCCUUCAAGUACUUCCCCCUCUUACGGAAAUCUAUUCUCGGCAUCCCACCAUGGCUGUCUCUGAAAAUAUCGCCUCAAAUGGCAGGCCUAUCGCGCUUGCAAAUGCUCCUUGGGAAGCAAGUUAGAGACGUGAUUGCCAACCCUGAUAGCCUCAAGGAUGCCCCGCACCCAAUUAUUUACAACCGCCUCCUCGACCCAGACGCCCAAAAAGGCAACCCAAUACCAGACGCAACGGCACUCUAUGAAGAGGCCCAGUCUCUUGUCUUUGCUGGUGGAGUCACGGUCGCUGAUACAAUCAUGACUGGCCACUUCCACAUCCUCUCCCAACCGACACUCUACGCGCAGCUCCAAUCCGAGGUCCUCAAUGCAUGGCCAGAUAUCGACAACCCUCCCCGGUAUGAAGUCCUUGAGACGCUCCCUCUCCUAACAGCAACUAUCAAAGAAUCUCUGCGCCACUCCCCAGGUGUUACUUCUUCUCUCCUCCGCAUUGUCCCAGCUAGUGGUGCCACCAUCUCCGGAUGCGCUAUCCCAGCCGGUACCAUUGUCGGGAUGACUUCCGCGAUCGUGCACAAAUCACCUUCCAUCUUCGCGGACCCAGAAGCCUUUAUCCCUGAGCGUUGGCUAGGUAAAGACGCAACUGGGUUGGACAGGUACCUCAUUUCAUUUAGCAAGGGCCCCCGGAGCUGCACGGGUGUUAAUCUAGCCUGGUGCGAGUUGUAUAUUGCGUAUGCGACGAUGCUGAGGCGCUUUGAUAUGGAAUUGGAUGGGACGACUGAGGAGGAUUUGGUGUUUAGGGAUUGCUUUACGCCAUAUUAUCCUGGGAGACACUUGAGGGCAUGGUGCCGGCCAAAGGAGACAUAGGAGAGCGGUUGCAAGUACAUAGUGAUGAAUUAUGAAGGAGGUUAUGUUUGGGGAAGGUUGGCAUUUUGCUGGGGGCGUCUUGAUAGUGGGGUAUUAGUUGGGGUGUACGUAGAACGGCAUAGCCUUCCAGUUCAACACAACAGUAACAG